AUGCAACGCAAAAGUUACAAAAUCACCGUCUCACCAAAAGUCGUCACUUUACGACCAAAAGACACAUGUCUUUUCACAAUUGAAAUUUCACCGACGUAUUCCGGCGAUUUUAAAAGUUCUUUGACAUUGAGUUGGGUCUUUCUAAAACGCGGUGUUGAGUUGACUAAGAGAAUUCCACUCAUAUUUUCAACAGCACUUUCAACGUGGAUUGACGACAGUAGCAUCACAGACAUGAUUGAAAUAUGUCGAGGCUGUGUUGGAAUCAUUUUUAAAGCAACAUAUAAAGGGCGCACAGUGGCAGUGAAGAAGAUCAGACAAUUUAAAAAUGUCAAAGACGACGAGUUUACAACAGAAGUCGACAUGUUACAAAAGAUACGAAAUCCAAAUAUACCAGGAAAUAUUCUUGUUGUUGAAUUAAACAGUAUAAUUGAAGUCAACGCUAAACUUUCAGACUUUGGAAGUGCAAGAAACGUAAAUUUGUUAAUGUCAAAUUUGACAUUCACAAAGGACGUUGGAACACCAAAGUAUAUGGCGCCCGAGUUGUUGAAUGGACAGAAGUACUCAAUUGCUGCGGAUGUGUACUCACUUGGAAUUACUUUCUUUGAGGCAUUUACUUGGAAAGACGCUUUUGAAAACGUGAAAUACUUCUUUGAAAUUCCUGAGUUGAUUUCUAAAGGAAAGCGACCAGAUGACAAGUGUUUGAGUUAUAAAGAAAGACGUUUACUUGAAGAGAUGUGGGCACAAAAACGGAAAGAAAGAAUCACAAGCGAGGAAGUUGUGGAUGUCAUGCAAAAGAUGUUUGACAGAGUAAAUAAUUAA